AAGGAUUUGUGCUUGAGGUGUGCCCCAUCACACGGUGUGCUUCGACACGAAACCCUUUUGUGAAAAAAACACUCUGUACCCAAAGCCAUGCGCGAGGCUAUCUGCAUCCAUAUCGGACAGGGCGGAGUUCAGAUUGGCAAUGCGUGCUGGGAGCUCUUCUGCUUGGAGCAUGGCAUUCAGCCGGAUGGCCAGAUGCCCUCCGAUAAGACCAUCGGUGGCGGGGACGAUGCAUUCAACACGUUCUUUUCAGAGACUGGUGCGGGCAAACAUGUUCCUCGCUGCGUGAUGGUGGACUUGGAACCCACGGUGGUUGACGAGGUGCGCACGGGCACAUACCGCCAGCUCUUCCAUCCGGAACAACUAAUUUCAGGAAAAGAAGACGCGGCAAACAACUUUGCACGAGGUCACUACACCAUUGGCAAAGAAAUUGUGGACUUGGUGCUAGACAGGAUUCGAAAACUGGCGGACAACUGCACAGGAUUGCAAGGCUUCUGCGUUUACAAUGCUUGCGGGGGUGGCACUGGAUCUGGACUUGGGUGCUUGAUGUUGGAGCGUUUGUCAGUGGAUUAUGGCAAAAAGAGCAAGAUCUCCUUCACUGUGUGGUGCUGCCCACAAGUUGCCACAGCAGUUGUCGAACCAUACAACACCGUGUUGUGUGUGCAUUCCUUGCUGGAACACACGGAUGUGACGAUCAUGUACGACAACGAAGCAUUGUACGAUAUUUGCCGAAGGAACUUGGACAUCGAGCGGCCAACCUACACUAACCUGAACAGGUUGAUUGCCCAGAUCAUUUCCAGUCUGACGGCGUCACUUCGCUUCGACGGUGCACUGAAUGUUGACAUCACCGAAUUUCAAACCAAUUUGGUGCCUUAUCCGCGCAUCCACUUCAUGUUGACCUCCUAUGCUCCAGUCAUCUCCGCGGAGAAGGCAUACCAUGAGCAGCUUUCUGUGGCAGAGAUCACCAUGUCCGUCUUCGAGCCAGCCUCGAUGAUGGUGAAGUGCGAUCCUCGUCACGGCAAGUACAUGGCCUGCUGCAUGAUGUAUCGUGGAGAUGUGGUGCCAAAGGAUGUGAACGCAGCAGUUGCAACGAUCAAGACCAAGCGCACGAUCCAGUUCGUGGAUUGGUGCCCCACUGGCUUUAAGUGUGGCAUCAACUAUCAGCCACCUACUGUGGUUCCUGGAGGAGAUUUGGCCAAGGUGAUGCGCGCCUGCUGCAUGAUUUCCAAUUCCACCGCGAUUGCGGAAGUCUUUUCUCGCAUCGAUCACAAGUUCGAUCUCAUGUACUCCAAGCGUGCUUUUGUGCAUCACUAUGUUGGUGAGGGCAUGGAAGAGGGUGAGUUCUCCGAAGCCCGCGAGGAUUUGGCGGCCUUGGAGAAGGAUUACGAGGAGGUCGGCAUUGAAACUGCCGAGGGCGAAGGUGAAGAAGAGGGUUACGGAGAUGAAUUCUAAGUCUCACUGGAUGACCAGCAUCCAUAUAUGCAAGCAAACUCAGAGAAGGCAAGUCGCACCAAUGUCUUGCACUGCUGAGUCAACGAUGGCCGCAUGAACCCGAUGACGCGCCAAAAAA